GAGAGAGUGUGGUUGUGUGUGUGUGUGAGAGAGAGAGAGAGAGUGUGUGUGUGUGAGAGAGAGAGAGAGAGAGUGUGUGUGUGUGAGAGAGAGAGAGAGUGUGUGGUUGUGUGUGUGUGUGUGUGUGUGUGUGUGUGUGAGAGAGAGAGAGAGAGUGUGGUUGUGUUUGUGUGUGAGAGAGAGAGAGAGAGAGAGUGUGGUUGUGUGUGUGAGAGAGAGAGAGAGAGAGAGAGAAAGAGAGUGUGUGUGUGUGUGUGUGUGUGAGAGAGAGAGAGUGUGUGUGUGUGUGAGAGAGAGAGAGAGAGAGAGAGAGUGUGUGUGUGUGUGUGAGAGAGAGAGAGUGUGUGUGUGUGUGUGUGUGAGAGAGAGAGAGAGAGUGUGUGUUUAUCCCAAAGUGGUUCCACAUGGAGAGUAAAGACAGGCUGGUUUGAGUGUGGUGCAGGAACAGGAAGUCUUCAUGGAGCUGCUUUGUGCACAGGGGCAUUGUCAUGCUGGAGCAGGUUUGAGUCUCUUAGUUCCAGUGAAGGGAAACUGUAACGCUGCAGCACACAGAGACGCUCUAUACAACUGUGUGCUUCAGAGUUUGUGGAAGAAGCACAUGUGGGUGUGAUGGUCAUGGGGUGCACAUACUUUUUGGCCUUAUAGUGUGUGUGUGUGUGUUUCUUAUCACCAGGGAUUAUUACGAUAAUAAAUUACCACUUUACUGCUUUCGAUUUAGAUUCAGCUCUUAGAGGAAGUGUACACAUCACUUCACCUCACCUUUGGACCGUAAUGAAGGGUUUAGUCAGACGUUACACUCGUCUGUGCUUGUUGAUCAAAAUGGUUUAGGUGAAUCUGCUCUGUUUCGUGAUGAGAGGAAUAUAACACACCUCAGGAGGAACAUAACACACCUCGGGAGGAACAUAACACACCUCGGGAGGAACAUAACACACCUCAGGAGGAAUAUAACACACCUCAGGAGGAAUAUAACACACCUCAGGAGGAAUAUAACACACCUCAGGAGGAAUAUAACACACCUCAGGAGGAACAUAACACACCUCAGGAGGAAUAUAACACACCUCAGGAGGAAUAUAACACACCUCAGGAGGAACAUAACACACCUCAGGAGGAACAUAACACACCUCAGGAGGAACAUAACACACCUCAGGAGGAAUAUAACACACCUCAGGAGGAACAUAACACACCUCAGGAGGAAUAUAACACACCUCAGGAGGAAUAUAACACACCUCAGGAGGAAUAUAACACACCUCAGGAGGAACAUAACACACCUCAGGAGGAAAACGCACUGUAAUCUAUCAGAAGUGACAAAACCUCCAAAAUGAGUUUCUCUGGAAAGCACAAGGAUAAAAGUGACGAGAGUUGGAUCGAGGACAGGAGAUCACACUCGCUCGAACUCAGCUGUGUGUCCAUGAAGAGCGACUGGUUGAUGGAUCAUCCACUGAAAUUCACAAAGCAAAACUCUUCCACUGAACUCAGUUGGAUCGAGGACAGGAGAUCACACUCGCUCGAACUCAGCUGUGUGUCCAUGAAGAGCGACUGGUCGAUGGGUCAUCCACUGAAAUUCACAAAGCAAAACUCUUCCACUGAACUCAGAAUUCAAAAGGAGAAAUCAAAAACUACCUGCAGAACGCAGAAGGGAGUGCUGAAGUUCUCACCGCACAUCCUGAAGAACGUGAACCACACAGAUCUCUCUAACACGCUGCACAACAAGCUGCUCUCUGCGUAUCAGGACAAACUCAAAUCCAAACUUGUGGAGAAGUGUAAAAGAAUUAAUGAAGGAAUCUCACAGCAUGGAAGCUCAGCUCUUCUGAAUGAGAUCUACACAGAGCUCUACAUCACAGAGGGAGGAAGUGGAGACGUCAAUAAUGAACAUGAGGUGAGACAGAUUGAGGCAGCGUCCAGGAGACCAGCAACACAGGAGACACCCAUCAAAUGUAAUGAUCUCUUUAAAGACAAGUCCAUCAGAAGUGUGCUGACUAAAGGAGUUGCUGGAAUUGGAAAAACAGUCUCUGUGCAGAAGUUCAUUCUGGACUGGGCUGAAGGAAAAGCUAAUCAGGACAUCUUCUUCAUGUUUCCACUUCCCUUUAGAGAGCUGAAUCUGAUGAAGGAGAAAAAGUUCAGUCUGAUGAGUCUUCUUCAUCACUUCUUCCCAGAAAUGAAAGAAUUACACUUAAUAGACUGUGAGUCCUACAAAGUGGUGUUGAUCUUUGAUGGUCUGGAUGAGUGUCGACUUCCUCUAAAUUUCCAGAACAAUAAGAGAUUGUGUGAUGUGACAGAGUCAGCCUCAGUGGAUGUGCUGCUGACAAACCUCAUCAAGGGGAAUCUGCUUCCCUCUGCUCUCCUCUGGAUAACCUCUCGACCAGGAGCAGCCAAUCAGAUCCCUCCUGAGUGUGUAGAUCAGGUAACAGAGGUACGAGGGUUCAGUGAUCCUCAGAAAGAGGAGUACUUCAGGAAGAGGAUAAAUAAUCAGAGACUAGCCAAUAAAAUCAUAAGACACAUGAAGUCUUCAAGAAGCCUCUACAUCAUGUGCCACAUCCCAGUCUUCUGCUGGAUCUCAGCCACUGUUCUAGAGAGAAUGUUGGGUGAAGCAGAGAGUGGAGAGAUCCCCAAGACUCUGACUCAAAUGUUCACACACUUCCUGAUCUUUCAGAUCAAACACAAGGACCUAAAGUACCAUCAGAAAUGUGACCCUGAUCCUCAGCAGAUCAGAGAGAGUAUCCUGGCACUGGGAAAACUGGCUUUCCAACAGCUGGAGAAAGGAAACCUGAUCUUCUAUGAGGAAGACCUGAGAGAGUGCGGCAUUGAUGUCAGAGAAGCUUCAGUGUACUCAGGAGUGUGUACCCAAAUCUUCAGAGAGGAGUUUGGGCUUCACCUGGGGAAGGUGUUCAGCUUUGUGCAUCUGAGUGUUCAGGAGUUUCUGGCUGCUUUAUACGCAUUUCUCUCCUUCAUCAGCAGAAAUGUAACUACUCCAAACACUGAUCUGUCCUUUUUUUUACCACAAGUCAACAACAUGUCUGAUUUCCUCAGGAGUGCAGUGGACAAGGCCUUACAGAGUGAGAAUGGACACCUGGACCUGUUCCUCCGCUUCCUUCUGGGUCUCUCACUGGAGUCCAAUCAGACUCUCUUACGAGACCUACUGCCUCAGACAGGAAGCAGCUCUCACAGCAAACAGGAAGCAGUCGAGUACAUCAAGGAGAAGAUCAGGGAGAAUCCAUGUCCAGAGAAAUCCAUCAAUCUGUUCCAGUGUCUGAAUGAACUGAAUGAUGAUUCUCUAGUGCAGGAAGUCCAAACCUACCUGAACAGAGGAGGUGACGAGUGUCUCAGUGGAACCAGACUCUCUCCUGCUCAGUGGUCAGCUCUGGUGUUUGUGUUACUGAACUCAGAAGAACAACCAGAUGAGUUUGAUUUGGGUAAAUUUGACCGAUCAGAAGAAUGUCUUCUGAGGCUGCUGCCGGUGGUCAAAGCCUCCAGAAAAGCUGUGCUGUGGGGUUGUAAUCUCACUGAGGAAAGCUGUAGAGUUCUGUCCUCAGUUCUCAGCUCAAAUUUCUCCAAUCUGAAAGCGCUGAACCUUGGUAACAACAGGUUAAUGGAUUCAGGAGUGAAGCUGCUGUCGGCUCUAUUGGAAAACCCCAACUGUAAACUGGAGAUACUGAGAUUGUGUGUGUGUAAUCUGACAGAGGAAAGCUGUAGAGCUCUGUCCUCAGUUCUCAGCUCAAACUCCUCCAGUCUGAGAGAGCUGGACCUGAGUGACAAUAAACUGCAGGAUUCAGGAGUGAAGCUGCUCUCUGCUGGACUGGAGACUCCACACUGUACACUGGAGAUACUGAGAUUGUGUGUGUGUGACCUGACAGAGGAAAGCUGUAGAGCUCUGUCCUCAGUUCUCAGCUCAAACUCCUCCAGUCUGAGAGAACUGGACCUGAGUGACAAUAACCUGCAGGAUUCAGGAGUGAAGCUGCUCUCUGCUGGACUGGAGACUCCACACUGUACACUGGAGACACUGAGGCUUGUAAACUGCAGUGUUAAAGACGACGGCUGUGCUGCUCUGGCUUCAACACUGAUAUCAAACCUUUCAUCACACCUGAGAGAUCUGAACCUGAACUGGAAUAAAACAGAGAAAUCAGGAGUGAAGCUGCUCGCUGAUCUACUGAAGGAUCCACACUGUAAACUGCAGACACUACAGUUGUCUAACUGCGGUGUUACAGGUUAUGGAUGUGCCGCUCUGGCGUCAGCUCUGAAAUUGAACCCGUCAUCACACCUGAAACACCUGAAUCUGACCUUGAACAGUCCAGGAGACUCGGGAGUGAAGCUGCUCCGUGAUCUACUGAAGGAUCCACACUGUAAAGUGGAGAUAGACUUUCAGCCGUACCCCUUCUGAUCUCACACACAAGGUCACACACGUGAUGCGUACGUGAGGAAAAGCAGCUGCUAAUGAAGCUGCAGAAUUUGCUCAUCACCGAGGCUUUACCCCUUCACCGAGGCUGUACCUCCUCUCCGCGUGACUGCGACACGCUCUCUGCGUGAGGUCCGUGUUGUGGUUUCAUUUUUUAAUCAGCUUCAUUUUACGCAGCUGCUCGGCUCGGUGUGGAAAAGCGAGUGCAGCGACUGUGUGUACUGCGUUAGGGGUUUGAUUAAUCCGGGUGAGUGUGAGUGGCAGUGGCGUGUUGAGUAUUCUGAAGCUGUGUCGGAGUCUGGUGCUGGUGGUGGUAUGGAUGCUCCUGGUGAAGAUUCCACGAGCGGAGUGGGAGGAGCUUUACAGCACGUGUUGAAGGAGGUGUUGAUGGAGGUCAGAGAGACUCUGAAGAUCUUCUCAGCUGUUCUCACAAUUCGCUGUAGGGUUUUGUGGUCGGAGGCUGUGCAGUUCCCGCACCACACGCUGAGCCAGCUGGUCAGGAAGCUCUCUGUCGUCCCUCUGUAGAAGCUGGUGAAGACGGGAGGGAGGAGUUGAGUUCUCUUCAACCUCUGCAGGAAGUGGAGGCGCUGCUCGGCCUUCUCGGCUCUCCUGGCCUUCCUUCACUGGCUGCCAGUCACGUACACAACAGAUUUAUUUAAGUUUUAAUUAUUUUUUUUAAAUCUCUGCAUGGUUUGGCACAGCGUUGUAUCUCUGAUGUUCUCCGUGUCUAUAAUAACCAGCUGCCUGUAACUUGUCCAUGGACUCAGAUGCAGUUUAAGGGUCUGUGGGAUUUUUCUGUCUAACAGUUUACCUUUUUUCAUAAAGACAUUUUAAAACGUGAUUUAAAAACAAUUUAUUCAGUUUCUUCUCCCAGACAUCUGAGUCUUUUUAAUGCCUGUAGUUUUGGGUCUUCAGUUGUUGCUUUUUUAUCUGUGGGUUUUGUAUUUUAAUGCUUUUAUUUUCCUUUUAUUUUAAUGCUUUUGUUUGGUUCUUUCAUUGUUUUAUUUCAUUUUAUUUGUGUUUUAUUUCAUUGCUGUUUGGAUUUAGCUGAAGAUGUUGUACAGCGCUCUGAACGACACUUUUAAAUGUUCUGUAUAAAUAAAGGUGAAGAAUAGA